AUGAGUAUGUUCUCCCAUGUAGGCACUGAUGAUGUGUCACAAGUAACGAGCAGCGUUACAAGCAAGACCGAAAUCAACUAUGAGUACCACCAACAAGAAAGUGCUUUUCAGCAGUCUCUUACGUCCAGGGAGCUCAUUGAUGAAAGCGGCAUGGGCCAGGAUUGCUUAUUUUUCAAAGGCGUAUUAGAUGACUGCUACCAAAGCCGCCUCUAUGCUCGCGUGCUCGAAUUUUAUUUCAUUGAAAAUCAUCCUAAGCACGGACCGUAUCGCUGUCCAAUGGAAAAUUGCAAGAUAGACGAAUUCGAUGACCUCAAGCAGAUGAUUCUACAUCUCAAAGGCUGCAAGUACUUCAAGCAAGGCUACAUUCGAUGUCCAGGAUGCAAUAACGUUGAGAGAUUUCGGAAAACCUCUAACAAAGGUUGUUCUUGGAAUAGACCUAGUCUCAAGCAUAGAAUUCAAAAGAAACUCGAAGCUGCAUUGGAUAUUAUCAAAAGAAUUGCUAGUUGUCAGGCAGAGUCAACCAUGGUGUUGGGUCUGUGUCAGAACUGUGGCCAUCCAAUAACACCGAAUGGGUUGGACAAAACUCCCCAAUUGCUUCACAGCCAUUCUCCAACCGGUUCAAUCUCCAACACCUCAUCGACCACAGACCACUGUCAAGACGAUCUAGGAAAACACUGUUGCUAUGAAGUUCUAGGCAAAGAGCUCUAUGAUAUUACAUGCAUGAGACCCUGCGAAGCUCCUAACACCUAUUUACCUUGUGAAGCUCCUAACGACUACCUACUCUACGAAGCUCCUGGCGACAACUCACUCUGUGAAGCUCUUGGCUUGAGACACCGCGAAGAUCUCAGUAAGCAACACCUUGAACUCAUCGAUUCGCAAGGCCACACACCAGAGUUGCCAACCUAUGAUAAGAUACAGUUACAUGUCCCACAUGAUACAUUCACCUCAGGCCAGCCGUCUGUAUAUAACCUACCAUCGGAAUUGGGCUCAUCUCCAGUCAAUCCUGGGGCUAUAUCUUCCACAGGCGUGUCACCUCUGUUCGCUGCAACAUUAACAACCACAUCUACAGAGAACUCUCAAUGCCAAAGCUCAUUGACGAGCCAUCAAUACUCUGGAAGUUCAUCUGAUCAUGAGAUAAUCUCAAACAAAGGCCAUAACAUGGAUGAAAUGCGAAACAAUUGGCAGGGAUCCCGAUUAACACGACUCUAUGAUCCGGCGUCUACGCGCGACCUAGUAGAUCUAGAGUCGUCUUUUGGGCAACCACUUUCAAUACAAACGGGAUAUGAUGAACCUGAUGUGAAUUAUCUAUUAUGGGAUAAUUCCACCUUUUAUCAAGGUCCUCUAGGUCCUGUGAAUAGUACGGGACACUUAAGGGACAUACCGUCUGUACCCAUGAUGGAAACAUCUUUGUCUGAUGCUGGAGCUUUUGCUGGCCCGUCCGUCCAAAUUGCAGAUGGCAAUAUCGCUACGAAUAUCGGACCAAUUUCUCCCUCUUCUCCCCUCGGUUCGACAAUACCAUCUUCGAACUCUGAUCAACCUCCUGAAUCGGAAUUAUCAGAAAACGAAUUGACCUGUUCCUCUUGUGGAUUUAGACCUUCAGGAAAGGAAGCAAAUCGCAGGGCAUAUCUCCGAAAGCAUGAAACGAUCCACCAGAAGCCCACGUUUCCAUGUGAUCACUGCGGCAAACCCUAUACUCGGCGAGAUAACAUGGUUGUCCAUCGUGACAAAUCUCAUCCCAGCCCCAGUGAUCGCAAGAAACGCCGAGAUAACUCAGUUGAUAUUGGCAUGGGGAACCAAAGGAAAAAGAGGUUUUCGGUAAGUUAG